AUACGUAUGUUUGCCUCUUCCCCACCAUGAUCUCCGUUUGGUUUCCCUUGCCUGAUAACUAUUUAAAUACAUUUUACUAACUUUGGAUUCCUUGCUCACUUCACUUCACCUGGCUGGGCAGGUCUGUGAGGGCUCAAGGGUUAGCUCCUCCACUUUUAUUGUUUUAUUUAUUUUUCAGUGGUUGUUUCUAUUAAGAUAACCAUGAUCAGAAGGAGAGUCCGAAACAUAUAAAUAAUGGGAAGUGCUAAUAGUAAGCAGGCUGCUGUAAAAUGUGCUGGGGCUUUGACUUAAGGGAAGAAAGCGCAGCCCUGCACUGUCCCUGAUCAGGAAGCUGGAGCACAGAAGAAAACAGAUUCAGCAAAAUCCUUGUCCAAACCCUGGAAAUAUCCAGAAGAUAUAAAGGAAAGGAGCAGACUUGACAGGCCUCUUGGCAGGAUGGGGCAUUUGGAGGACAUUGGGAAAGACAGUCUGGAGACCAGCUGGAAAUAACGGUUGGGUCUUUGCCAUUGAACGAGGAAGGGAAAGGUAGAGAGACUUGCCAUAGCUGUCACAAGCUGUCUCUGUUCCUCCCAUUUUUCUUCACGUGAGGUCUUCAUCUCCCAGUGCUUGAAGCUUUGUGAUCUGAGCUGAAGAGAGUUCACUUAAGAUCAAAAAAUGCUGAAGGUCGGAAACAUCCCAGGACACUACUUCUGUCGAAUCUACAUCACUGGACUAUUUCUACCUCCUCACUAAAGAUGGCCAGAAAUGAAGCCAAAUACAAGCAUGAGAGGGAGUUCUGAAGAUGAGAAGCAAAAUUACAUGGCAGAGAAGAAAGUAUCCUUCAGCUAUUCCGUAAGAUGAAUCGAUGUGCAGCAGCACCGUCUGGAGGAAUAGCUUUGUGCUUGUGAAUUGCAAACAGCUGGAACCACCCAACACAAUCAUCUGCCUGUUUGACACCUGAAAUUAAUCCUUUGAAUAAUUCAUUCAUGACUCCCAUGAACAAUGCAGGGAAAUAAGAAACAUACAGAAGGACAUAGUGACUCCUCAAGUAUUGGGAGUCUCCUGGAUGACACAGACAGAGAGGUAAGCAGUCUCACAGACCGGGCUUUCAAAAGUUUGUGUGUGGCAGAACUCGAAGACUCUUACAAUGAACCAGAUCUUGCCAUUUCACCUGACUUCGCCCUCCAAUUCUCUGCUAAAUUUCACCCAGGGACGUUAAACCAUACCAUCAAGAAAAGCAACGUCUGUAACAAGCUAACAGCGAGAAACAAUGAACAUACAAUAUGGGCUUCAACAUUCCAGCAGUUACCAAAGUGUGCUCCAGAGGAGAAAAGGAUUGCUAAAAACAAGACCUUUGCCAUGGAAAGGAACAAGCUGAAUUUGCCAGUCCCUGGUCCAAGGAACAAUAAACAUGUUUCAAAAGUGUCCUCAUUGAUUAAGACAUUUGAUAAGACUGCAGACCAAGGGUCAGGAGGUUCCCUGAUAGCCCUUAAGCAGCCCAUUAAGAAUAGCUUUCAAAAAUGUAAAUUAAAUCAUGGAAAUGAUAUGGCUUGCUGGGAUGACACAGACAUUUUAAGCAUCCACAAGGAACUUUCUGAAUUUUCUGAGGCUAGUCAAGGUAGCCACUGUCUCAGCGGCAAACAUGAGCCACAGAAAAGACCUACUAAAAUAGACCUGAGUUAUUGUGGCUCUGACGGUUAUUAUCCUGUGCUGAUUGAGAUGUCAAAAGUAGCCAAGUCAAAUUUUUCCCGUUCAUCUAAAAAGGCUUUAAAAAACAGAAGUGUGAAAGUUAAUGAGCCAGCAAAAAAAGGUAAUUUUCUUCACAGUGAGAAUAGUGCUUUUGAAUCGUGGAAUGUUCAUCAUAAAAAACUGGCUGAAAAGGAGGAAUUUAUUGAUAUAAAAACAAAAAAGGAAGGUCUUGCAUACUUGGAAGAAGCACCAUUUAUUAAAGGGUCCCGCACACGUGAACAUAAAUUACCAUCUGCCAAGAUCACUGUUGCCAAGAAGCAGGAGAAAGAUUUUCGGAUGGAGACAACUCCACCAGAAGCUGCUUUCAGCGUCCCUCUCCCAGCUGUACACGUACCUCAGGGCCCCCUCCCUUCAGAAACCGAAUUUCCUGCUGCUCUUCCUCCCGCACCUCCCCCUAGGAUCCAUGCACACCAGGGUCCUCCUCGGCCACUCCCUGUCUCACAGGCCCUUCCUCUUCCACCCCCCACCCAGCAGGGCCAUCCCUCAACAUUCCCUACCCCUGAAGCCCCUCCUGUGCCACCACCCCCAAUGCCAGCUCAGCUUUCCUCCCCUGCCAUGUCCCAAGCCUCAGUCUCACCCCAGUCCACGUCCUACAGGAUGGUUUCACCCUCACCCAUGUCCCAGGCACCCAGCACGCCUCCACCAAGACCUCUGGCCACCUUAACUGAAGAGGAGGUCCUCAGUCCCCAGCUGGGCAAUACCUGUCCACCCUGGAGGAGACACAGGGCUACAAAAGGGGCAGCAGAGAAGAGACAGACUUCAAAGGAGAAGUUCACAGCCAGCGAUGAGACGGUUUCAUUGUCUGAAAAUGUGACUGGUGCUGAACCUGGUCUGGAUGUGACUCCUCUGGCUAAACAGGUAAACUCCCCUGGAUCGAUCAGUCCCUCUUUCAACAUCACCGAACUCUUAACACCCAUCAUACCACCAAAACAGGAGGUAGACCCUGUGGAAAGUGAGCUGAUCCCGCUGACACCUCCUCCCACUGAGGGCGCAGCAGUGAGAGACCAUGAGGGGAGCGCAUUUGGCGAUUACAGGUCUUGGGAUAGUUACAAAUCGAAAGCAUCGAGUCUGUUAUUCAACUUGAAGGAUGUGCGUAAACGUGUUAAAAGCAUUUAUACCCCUUCUCCCCUGUUAAGGGCCUUGGAGGAGAAAAAUAAAACUAGGGAAAAUAUACAGGAGAGUACAAAAAUGAAUGCCUCACUCUCGACUUUACAAGAAAAAAGUAACAAAAAUAUUGCAGAGAAAGAUGAAUCGAGUGAUAUUACCUCCAUAUUGUCUGGCAGUGUUCAUGAAAAGGACAAUAAAACUGAUUUAACUGGACACUUUACAGACAAUUACCUGACUUUGAGUUCACCCCAGACAACAGCAGACCUUUUAUUUUACCAAACUGGAGACAACUUGCAGCAAGACGAUUCAAAACACGAAGGUCUGGUUAAAAACACAAGGAGCAAUGAAAACUUCCCCUUGUUCAGAAAUGAAUCGAAUGUACCUGAUUUAAGGAAACGUCUGCAGUAUCCAGCACUGAAACCAUUCAGUAAAGACAAUGCAGAUACAACAGCUGGGCAGCCCGUGCAAAAUCCCAGCGUCCGGGGUGAGGAAAAUGAGAGACAAGCUGCUAAUCAGAACGAAGAGUUUGCCUUCAAAACACUCCCAAACCAACUCUCACCAGCAGAGGAUGUGCCUUACAGUGACAUCCAAACCAGUAUGGUGGUAACCGGCCAUGAAACACAAGGCAAAAGAAGCAGUAGUUCUUCGGAGCAAUCUUUCGUCUCCACGGUAGAGCAGCCACUUCAGGAGGAGCCGUUUCCACCGGUGCCCCUGAUGCAGAAGGCAUGCCUUCAAGAAAGCCAGAGGGCUAAGAGUGAAAUGGGUGCAGACAGUAAGAAAAGUCACAAGGAGAGAGGGAAAGAGGUUGGGGAAGAUGAACUGCAAUAUUAUGCUUGUAUCAGCUCUGGUACUGGUGCAGCAGAGAAGAAGGAGGGUAGGGUUACUGGGAAUGAACAGAGGAGCUUGAUGAAAGAGACACUAAGGAGAGAGAAAAAGGAAGAGGCCAACAGCAUGGAUUCUGCUUCCGACAGUAUAAGGGACAUGUCCAUCCCCAGGUCUGAGGAGCCAGAAACACCCCCAACUUCAAGCUCAACCAAACCCAGUCUGUUUAUGAUUAAAGAUAACACAUUCAGGUCACCUCAGGUAAUAAGGGCUGUCAAGCUGCCCCUGUUCAGGUCCUUUUCCCUGGAUGAUACAGUGAGCAGCAGUUAUAGGGAAAUGGAAAGUAGGUUUGUGCCCCCAGCAGAGCACAACAAGCAGCACCAAAACCUGUUGCAUGCCCAGGAGGUAGGCUGGUCGGCAGUGAGGCGCAGAGGGCAGCAGAACGUGAGGGAUGGAGCAACCGACAGAGGAAAAGAGGCCAGUGAGCCUGGAUCUACUUCAGCAACACUGGAUCCCAGUCUUCUGGAAGAUACAGAGAGCUUUUCAUUAGGGAAGCUGAUAGAAGAAGAUGAAGAGACUUGUGCUUUGUUAAAUAAAGUUGGGAAAAUGAAUGAGGAAAGUGUCUGCAGAAGGAAAGAGAAGCUGCAGACUAGGAAGGCAAGACACGGCUUAACACAGCCAAAUUUAGCUCUGGAAAACGACCAAGCACAAAACAACGCCAGCUAUCCUGCAGAAAGACAGAUGAAUUACUUUAAGAAUCAUCAUUUAUCUAAUCGCAGAGGUGGCUCUUGUGCGAAAAAAAUAAUCACUAGGGAGACCAUUUCCCCUGUGACUGGCUCCAUAUCAGAGGACCACACGUAUUCUCCUGUAUCCCAUGAAGCUUUAGAGGCCAUCCUACAUAUGGAAGGUGCACCAGUUUUGUUAGACAGUCUUGCAUGCUCUGCUGUUGCAAGCCCCAGGUCAGGCAGCAUGAUGCACUCUAUUGCUGCCAGUUCAUCGUCAGACAAGCCAACAAGAGAGACAGAGGAUGUUAUAAACCCUGCCUUGCUAAACAUGGCACUAAAGAGCCAAGCUGAUAUGUCUGCAGAAGAGAUACUUGAUUCAGCACAGAGGAAUCUGCCUUCUGAUUCUGCAGGGGAAGCUGAGAGACUGGAGCCCGGGGGACCUGGGGAGAGAACAGCAGGCAAGCCUCCUGCUGUGCCACCAAAAACAGAAAAGGCUCUGCGGCGGGCCAAAAAGCUGGCAAGCAGGAGAAAGAAAAUGCAAGAGCAGCAGAAAAAACAUCAGACCGAGCAUACAGAUGCUGUAGGGAGAAAGGCUUCUCAUUCUGGACAGACACUAGCAUCUCCCUCACCCUUGGAAUACUCUCCUCUCCAUUCUGCCCCUCACUCAACUUUUACUCCCACAGAAACCAGUACAGGAAGACCCUGUGGUGCAUCAGCAGUAAGCCCUUUACCCUCUUCAACUCAGCGUAAACUCCUCCAAGACCCUGACUCUGGCCAAUACUAUGUAGUUGAUUUACCAGCUGAAGUUAAUUUAAAGACAUUUUAUGACCCAGAAACUGGCAAAUAUGUUCAAGUCUCAGUCCCUUCCUCGGAAGGGAACUUAUACCAGCCCCCCUCUUCAGAAAUUAUGAAUUCUCCUUAUGCCUCCUACCCUAGAGUGCUCCCUUUACCAGCUUCAUCUGUAGCAGUGCUGAAGUCACCUUCUCAGCUCUCCGAACCUACCUGGUUAAUGCCAGCUGUACCAGGAGAACCAGCUGAACUACCUGAAGAUGACCAGCAGGAUUACAGAUAUGCUGAAGCUGUGGAUACCCAGCCCUAUAUUGAACCAGCCUCUCACCCCUAUAGUCGAGAUGCUGAAGAAACUCAAGUUCACUUACAAAAGGACAUGAGCCCAACCCCAAAUACUGACAUAGUGUCCCUCACCGAUUUAGAUGAUUUUGCUGCUGAAGGAGUAUCUUGAAAACUGAAGUAACAAAAUAUGUCAGCUAGUGUUUUUAAGAACCAUUUGGACAGACACAUGCACACAAAAGCACAUGCAGAUUUGAUGUUUGUACACCACUUUAUGUCUGAAUCUCAUUGUGGUUUGGGUGGGAAGGAAAAUGAAAGCUGACCACAUUGAAAGAUGCAAGGUGAUGAUCACUCUGAAGAAGUGUGAAAUUGAGUAAGCACCAAAUUAUCAGUGAGAUGAAGGGGCAAUGCCAGCUAAACAAAUAAAUACAACAGUAUGAAGCCACUGCUUGCUGCUGCUGCUGCUUUGCCAUUAUGAUGGCUGGGAUUGCCAAAGCAAGUGUCCUUUUGCCCAGAUGUGUUGCAUGAUAUAUGACACAAAGUAAAACCUAUGAGACCAUCCUGUCCAUCCUAUGAGACCUAGGACAGAUGCCGCAUCUACUGAACUUUCCUCACUCACUGCCUUUCAACUAUAUUGACAAGUAGAAAGCAUAUGGCUACAAAUAUGCCGUAAACCCAGGAUUCAUUUUUUGCACACACUGAUUGCCCAGAUGUUAUUGACAAGAAGAUUGUAUACUGAAUGCAAAAUACAACAGCCAUGACAAAAAACCUUUAAACAACCAGAAUACAGUUGCAGCUGCUCUAGACUUCUCAUAUACUUUUGCAGUGCCCACUAACAUGCUGCUGAAUUCUUUAUAUUUCUUGAUAAUCUCCAUGUAAGUUCUCUUAGAGUCAGGGGUUAUUUAUAAUGCAGCUUAAAACUUCAACUUAUCUUGAUACGUGGCCUGAAAUAUUUUGGUAAGGAGCAAGGCUGAAUGAAAUCCCAUAAUGGUAUUUAAUUUUUUGUUAGGAUGAGAAGACCUUUGCUUAUUAUAAUCGAAGUGGGUUUGGUUUUGUUUUGUUUUGUUUUGAGGCUCCCACUGAAAUAUAGCACUAACUUUUAAAACCUGAAAAACAUUGUACCUAAUUUUGGUCUUGUGAAUUCUGUGAUUUAAAAAGAAAAAGAGAUACCAAACAUCCAAAGUAUUAAUUUCUAGAAAAGUGCUUCUUUGGAUUACCACUUUUAUAUGGAAGAUCUAUAUCAAAAUAUCACUCAUCCUUGUGUAAGCUCUUUUUUAUCAUCAUAGAUAACGAGAGAACCUUGGUGAAAAGAUGGAAAAAUUGAAUGUAAUAUGCCUGCUUAUAAAUAUCUAUAUUUGGAGUAUUGGUUUCCUUUCUCUCUGUCUCAUUUUCAUAUUGUUUUCCCCAAUUAAAACUGAAGUGCAGGAGCUCUAAGGAAGAAUUAUACCAGUGACUUUCAGCCUGAUUCACAUCUCAGGCUGUUUUUACAGGACUGUUUUUGGUGAAGUGACUCUUGACUUCCUGAAAAGAAAGGGAAGAAUCAGGCCUUUUGCUAAUAAAUGCAACAUGGGGAUGGGACACAGGAACCGCCCCACUGUCCCAGUUUUAAUAUUUAUGAUAGAGUUUUUCUUCAGUAAAUUCUGCAUUUCCCAGGACCGAGGCUGCUCUCAGGACACAGACCAACACUUGGUGGUUUGGCUCCUUCCCUAACCUGAACUCAGCUCCCAGCCUUCCUCCAUCCCUGACGAGAGCUGUGCAUUCCGAACCUGUCCUGAACACAUCAGGCACUUCCUUUCGUCAGUGCUAUUUGCUAAAAUAUUUUCCACAGAGGGGCUAGGCAGACACUAAGGGCAUCUCUUCAUUGAUUUCAGUGAGGUUUGGAUUUGGCCUUUAAUGAUUUUCUAAAGUCCGUUUUCCCUGUUAUGCAGAGUUGUGUCAAAUUUGCCAUGUUGUGAUUUGGCAGGGACAGUUGCAGCACAGCUGUGGGGUGGAAAUGGAGAAGCUUGUACUGGUUUGGUUUGGGUUUUGAGCACAUUCAGCCAAAUGCCCAUAUUCGAAUAAAUAUUUAUUGUUCAGUCUCCACCCUUGAAAGUUUUCAACACCUGACUGGGUAAAGCCCUGAACAACCUGGGCUGGCCUCAGAGCUGACCCUCCUUGAGAAGGAGGUUCAUCCAGAGACCUCCUGAGAUCUCUUGCAGCCUGAAUUAUCCUCUGAUCCUAUUCUGCAAACAUUAAAAUUUUUAAACCAACUUUGACUUGGAACUCAUAAAAUGCAGCCUCCCCUGGAAAAGGGUUCAUUUUGAAAGGAAUAAAAAAGAAUUUGAAAGUCAAGAGUGUUUCAGGAACAAGGAUCAAUUUUCAAGUUGUUAAAUUAAGGGAAAUGGCUCCUGUUAUGAAUAUUUUUCCUUUUUUUUGGUCACAAAUAAUUUGCUAAUCUGACAUGGUGCCAUUGAUGUUGCACUUCUCUGUUGCUGUCACUGUAUACAGCAUAACGCUUAUCUAGUAUAGAGCAGAAUGUCAUCUACAUGUUAAAAUAUAGAUAAAUAGAUCUAUUUAACUUUUCCAUGCUACAUUUAGACAGAACCUAUGUAAUCUGAAAGCCUAGCAGAGUGCACAAGCCAUUUUUUUUAGUUUGAUAUUACAAAUUUAAAUGCCCUUAACAGCCCCAAGUCAAGAAGUAGACAGGCUCUCGGAGGACAGGAUAAAAGCAUGCUUUCCAAGGGGAGACUGUGGCUACAAAGUGUCUGUGCACAGAUAUAAAAGAAAUGGUAAUUUGAUAAGCAAAUUAUACAACUGCAUUAAAAAAAAAUCCCUUUUGCUUGGUUAACUGUUGUUUGUUUUGUAUAUGUGCACACUUCUGCACCCUUUUUUUGAGGGCCUUCUUAAACUCUUAUUGUGGAGAAUGGGAUCCUCCAAUAUACUACUUCUAGGUAGGAGAAGAAAGCAGAGUGUAUUUUUCACUCUGCUGUGACGGCAAACUGAAACGCGGGCAUCUGAAAAGGAGCCACUCCUGACUUGGAUACCUAACACAGUUCAAGUAGGACUUCUUUAUUUUGGCCAAUACUUUCUGCUAGCUUAAGGGAGCUGCGUUCACAGCGGACUGUGUCUCUAAAUAUGCACAUGUCCCAGAUGGAGUUUUGACCUAGUGAAUUUGUAGCUAAAUGAAACAAACAGAACUGGGGAGUUUUGAAAACAAAUAUGAAAGUGGUUCUCAUGAUGUACCCAGAGCUUUCCCUAGGGCACUUUGCCACAGGGAGUGAAUGAUAUAAAAGUGCUGCUCCAGGUCCCAGCCUGGUAUUGUCUCCAUUUGAGUAUGAACCCAUCGGCAAACCUGUCUCUGGCAAGACCACGCUGUUUUGCAACUUCUUGCUAGGCCGUGGGAGGGUGUGUGUGUACACACACACACAUGCACGCACAUAAAGAACCCUAUAUAUAUAAAAAAAAAUUAUAUAUAUAUAAAAAAUAUACCUAUAAAACUGCCAUUUGCAUAUCAGUAUAAGACAGCAGCAAUGCCUGUGAUGGUGAACACAGAAUGUUUGUGUGUUAAAAGGAAGCCAAAUGGCACCUUUUCAAAAAACAAAUAUUUUUCUUUCCUUGCCCUUUUCUGUUUGUGUUUGUUGGGGUUUUCUUCCAUUGCUGCUGUGGGAAACUAGGAUAGAAGAGGUCAUUAUUAGGCAAAAUGACAGCUGUGAAUUGACCUUUUUCUUUGGGGAAGGGGGGUGCUAUGGGAAAUGUGCAAUAGUCAUGAAAGCAGCUGUAGGAAAGCACUGUUUCGUGAUGCAAACGACUGACAUUAAAUCAUAGGUUAAAGAGGUGUUGAGGCAAACUAAGCUGAAUUCUGCCUUGCAAGCAGCCGGUGGUUAGGACUAAAGAACACAGCAGGCUAUUUGCAUGCACAGAAGCACAGCAGGCUGAGGGGAACAGAGGGCCGUUGCUUUCACCGCUCCCUUCUCCUGCACGUGGCCUUUUUUGCAUGUUGCAUUUCUGGGUGCCCUGAGGCUCAUUUACAGCGGUGGUUCUUCCUUGACAGAUGUGACUGAGGCCAAACCUGGCUUAGCUAGUCUUUGGCUCUUGGGCCAGAACCGCCUCCCUUUGAACCUCCUUCUCCUUCUGGAGCAACUGCAACGCCUUCCAGUCCAGUUGUCACACGGCAGACUUGGACUGCCAUCCCGCAGCCAUGGCUCUGCCCCAAGAGCUCAGAUUUCCUCAGGCAAAAUGCUGGAUUUGUUUUAGAGAGUGCAUUUUAAUUGAAAUGGCCUACACGCGUGGAUUUUUAUCAACUCCUCCUUGGGUGUUCAGUGCCUUCCUAAGUCAUCUGUCCAAGAAAAUGUGUGUCAUCGGCACGUUCCAUUGAUGCAACUGUAUUUGCAAAUAAGUAAUUAUUUAUUAAGUAAUAAACAAAAUAAAUGGGACUUGUUUUAC